AUGUCGCCUAUAUCGACAACAGUCACCUUUCUCAAGUGGCUCACUGCCGCCGUCGCUAUCGUUACUCCCGCCAUAGCUGGCGCUUUCACUUCCAGGGUCGUCCACGCUUUCAAAGGGACGUCUUAUCCCGCAGAAUACCCUGCAGCUCAAGCAAUCAUGACAGGCAGUAUAUUAGCAUCCGUCUACUUUCUGUCCUAUGGUCUGUUCGUGGUGAAAUUCCCGGAUAGUCUAUAUGUGUCCGUCAUAGCCGAUGUGGCUUCCAUCACAGCACUCUUCGUCUUUUUUCUCGUCUCCUCGGCAGCUCUAUCCCUAGACGCCAGUCUCUUUGCUCGCUUUUCCCAGACUCAGUUUUGUCAACCGUAUAGAGAUGGAGGCAGCUGGUGUCAAUAUGCGACUGCGACGGUUGCUUUGGGCUGGUUUAUCACUGGAUUCCUCUUGAUAAUCCUUAUCCUUGAAGUCGCCUUGACACUCGAUGUAUACGACGCCGAGUACUCUGCUUGGCGGAGACGUUUCGGCGAGCUUUUCGGGGACCAAGAGUAUAGGCCGACGAGGCGGGGGCGGGAAGCGAGCGCGGAAGAGGGGAGGCUCAUGCAGGAGCUUAGUCGCUUCAAAUGA